AUGUCUACUUUUCCUUACCCCGAGCCAGCUAACGCUGGAGAUCUUUCAUAUGCACCAGCCUCCGAGGAGCGCAGGCUCUUGAAGGAAGCCCUAGCCGAAGCGGAAAAGAGCGUCUUUAAAAUUCCAACUAUCGUCAAUGGCGAGAGAAUCUACUCCGGCCGUAAGAGCUACCAAGUCAACCCUUGGAACCGAAGGGCUCCUUUGUCAGAGUACCACGAAGCCGACCAAGAAACCCGAGCAGCCGUUUACAAGCGCGCGGCCCAACUUGUCGAGGGCAAAUACCGAUGGAAGAUUAUGGCUGCUACCAUGAUCGGGCAAGGCAAGACGUGCGGACAGGCUGAGGGUGAUUGCAUUGCUGAAGUUAUCGACACCCUCAACUUUCACGUUUAUUUUUGUCACCAGCUCUACCAGCAACAGCCUCCCAAACAAACCGACUCAGCAUACAGUAGCCUGGACUACCGGCCUCUAGAGGGCUUUAUACUUGCUAUCUCACCAUUCAACUUCACCGCCCUUGGCGCACACAUUGCUUUCACGCCGGCCAUCCUGGACAAUGUGAUACUCUGGAAGCCGUCUCCUAUGGCAGUCUUGUCUAACUACCUUCUCUACCAGAUUUUCGAGGAGGCUGGGCUUCCUAGCGGUGUUGUCCAGUUUUUACCAGUAGCAGAUCCUAAGAUUGUGGUUGAGCCCGCGCUCGCUAGCCGGGACUUCUCUGGACUUCACUACACCGGCUCCUCAGCCGUCUUGAGAAGCUUGACCUCCCAAAUUGGCACUAACACCGCUACUUACAAGACGUUCCCCCGCAUCGUGGGAGAGAGCGGUGGCAAGAACUUUCACCUUGUCCACAAUUCUUUUGACGAUGUUGACUGGCUAGCCUCGGCCGCUGUCCGGUCGGCUUAUGAGUUCCAGGGUCAAAAGUGCAGUGCCUUGUCACGCCUUUUCGUUCCCGAAUCACUUUGGGAGAAGGGCGACUUGAAGAAGUCCUUGCUGAGAGAAGCCGCCAAGUUCACACACGGUGACGAUAUUAAACAAAUCCAUCACCCCUUAGGCCCCAUCGUUUCUGAGGCAGCGUUCAACCGCUUUGGUGAAUUCAUUCAGCAGGCGAAAAAGGAAGGCCAUGAGCUCAUCUACGGCGGCAGGCAGGACGGCAGUAAGGGGUUCUUCCUCCAGCCUGCCAUCUUCGAAGUCAACCCGUCCGACCAAAGCGGUGAGAGCGAUCUCAUGACCAAGGAGAUAUUCGGCCCUUUGUUUGCUGUCCAAACCUACGACGAUGCCUCGCCAACUGGCUUUGAGGAUGUCUGUGACCUUAUUGAUAGGACCACUGAGUAUGGACUGGCAGGCGCCGUAUUUUCCCGUGAUAGAUAUGCUGUUCAAAUCGCCUCCGACAGACUCAGGGACUCGGUCGGCAUGCUUGUCAUCAAUGACAAGUGUACGGGAGCCGUCAUCGGUGCCAACCCCUUUGGAGGUGCUCGAUCUUCGGGCACAAACGACACUUUUACCAUCUCAAUCACAUCUAAUUCGGCCUUGCCUUCAUGUCUUUUGCUGCGAACAUGGUUCUCAAUUUUGAAGAGCGUUUUUCUCGACAAGAUGGAAAAGCGUCUUAUCACCACCGUCGGUACCAAGGUUUCUAAGCAGCGAGUCGAAAAAGAGCUGUCAGAGCACUCAUCAAAGCUUGAAGUGCUCCUCGCAAAGGAUAAUGUCCGCGCUGUCGAGCAAGCUGAUGUGGUCAUCCUGGCCUUCAAGCCCGUUAAGAGAGAGGAGGUCUUUGCCGCUCCCGGCAUCAAGGAGGCCUUGCGGGGAAAGUUGGUCAUUAGUAUUAUGGCAGGUGUUUCAAUCAAGGAGCUUAACCGACUGGCACUUGAACAGGGGGACCCUAUUCCAGUUCAGGCUGUCCGUGCCAUGCCCAACAUGGCCGCUAAGAUUCGCCAGGCUGUGACUCUGUAUACGGUCAGCGAGGCAUCAUUCUCUGAUAAAAACAAGGAUCUUACAGCUUGGGUAUUUAGCCAGGUAGGAGAGGCCCAGCAAAUUCCCGAGACCAACUUCGACAUAUCUGCUGUGUUGGUCGGUUGUGCAGGUUCGCUGCUCUUGCUGGCUGUGGACGGUCUGCUCGACGCCGCUGUUGCCGAAGGCGUGAAGCGACCAGAAGCCACCAAGAUGGUUGUUAGCAGCGCGAUCGGAAUGUUGGGAUUAGUCCCUGCUGGAAAUCACCCAAGUGUGCUACGGGAGAAUAUUGCUUCACCAGGAGGAUGUUCGAUCAGGGCGCUACUCGAGUUGGAGAAGCUUGGAGUUAGAUCAGCAUACACCACUGCAAUCCUUACUGCAGCCGAGAAGUCGAAGGGACUGUCAAAGUAG